AUGUCUGAUUUUAAAAAUCACAGAAUACCUUUGAUUUUGCAGGUAAUCUAUCCUUUGUUGCCAGUGUUUGCUAAACAUGUAUGGAAUCAUGAAGCUGGCCCUAAGACAGUAUUUUUCUGGGCUCCGGCGAUCAAGUGGGGCUUAGUUAUUGCUGGAAUUACUGAUCUAAAAAGACCAGCAGAAAAACUUAGUCUAUAUCAGAAUAUGGCAUUAUUCGCUACGGGAGCAAUUUGGACACGUUAUAGCUUUGCGAUUCGACCUAUUAAUUACAACUUGGCAAGUGUGAAUGUUUUUCUCUGCACUGUUGGUUUGUGUCAGAUAAUGAGAAAGCUAAGAUUUGAUGUUCGUUUUUCGAUUUUCAUGCAAAUUUAG